UUACAACAGCAGAAAUGCAGAUAGAGAGUCCUUCUAAUGGCAGCAAAAGGCAACGCCAUAACCCUCUAUGCUGCGCUUCUUGAUGCUUCAUCUUCCACAAAAGACCUCCAGAAACUUCGAAAACUCCAUGCACAAACCAUAAUACAGGGCAUUGCUUCUCAUGGCUUCAUUAGAGCUAAGCUCGUCUCCUCCUAUGCUGCUUCCGCCCGAAUGCACGAGGCCACUUUGCUUUUCUCCUUCACCAACCAUCAACCUACCUUCCUCUACAACUCCCUCAUCAGAUCUUACGCUUCUCUUAACCAAUUCUCUGAAUCCCUCUCCAUUUUUCGCUUAAUGGUCCUUGCCCUGAAACCUAUUGAUCGAUAUACCCUGCCUGCCGUGCUCAAAUCUUGCGCUGGUUUGUCCGCCCUGAGGCUCGGCAAGCAAGUCCACGCGGCUGUUCUGGGUAGUGGGUAUGCAUUUGAUAUGGCAAAUUCCAAUGCAACGAUUACCAUGUAUGCAAAAUGCGGUGACUUGGAUGGUGCAAAGAAGAUGUUCGAUAAAAUGCCUGUUAGAAAUGAGGUUUCUUGGUCAGCAAUGAUGGCUGGGUAUGGCAUGCAUGGGAAAUACAGUGAAGUUUUUGUUUUGUUUGAGAGGAUGGUGGAAAGUGGGAUAAGGGUGGAUGGGGUGACACUAACGUCGGUUUUGAUGGCGUGCAGUCAUGCCGGGUUGGUGGAGAAGGGGAGAGAGUAUUUUGGGAUGGUGGAGGGGAAAUUUGGAUUAAGACCAUCAAUAGAGCACUAUACGUGCAUGGUGGACAUGUUAGGGCGGGCAGGACUGGUGGAGGAAGCAGAAGAAUUGAUAAAGGGGAUAGAGAUGGAGCCUGAUGAUGCAUUAUGGAGGGCUUUGUUGGGGACUUGUAGAAUUCAUGGGAAGGUGGAGAUGGCUGAGAGGGCAGCCGAGAAGGUAUAUGGGAAGAUGGCCAUUUGACAUCUUUGCGACAUGACUAGCAUCUUUGACAACAUUCUGUAAUGCUUCUCUUCACUGGAUUCUUGAUUUUAAAUGGCAAUAUGCAAUUGAGUCAUUGGAAUGCAACCUAUGAGAUGAGGAGGCUCAUUGUUGGGUUUAUAAAUCCCAGCACUGCUGAUGUAUAGGUAUAUGCUACACGCCCAUGUAUGAAUAUUUCAUAUUAGACAUUAAACUGCAGAGUUUGAGACCGGGUUUUCUAGAAUUUGAAGAAAGCAAACCUCAUACUUAAAUACACAGAAGUAUAUGUAACUUGCAGAAGGGAUAAUGAAAUUUGUUGAAUGGAGAUUUGUUCAUUUCUUGUGAGCCUGCUUCACCGACAGCCAGCAUGUUGAUCAUCAUUUAAAAGUCUAACUCAAGGAAUUGCAAAGGGAAUAGAUGGUUAUGAAAGAAUUUAGGGGAUUGCCAGUGUAAUGAGCAAGAGAAAAAUUGAUGUAGAAACUAGGAUACAAAGAUGCAUGGCAUGGCAUUCCUGUGAUCACUUUAUGUGAAACUGACAGCCUGUGUCAUAUGCUCUGCUGCAAAAGAUGAAGCUGCUUCAUUGCUUUAUGUAAAUUCAAUCAGCUCAAACUUAGUUUUAUUUGGAGAAAUCUGUCAACAUUCUAUUUAGAGCAAA